GAGUGGAAGAGGGUGACGUGGCAGUGGAGGGGGGUGACGUGGCGAGGUGGGAGGAGGUGGCAGCACAAGCCAAGGCCAUGGAGGUGACGCUCUCUGUGCAGGCGCGCUUCACCCCGGACCCCUCGCACGCCUCCUACUUCACCUUUGGUGCCGCCGUCUCAGAGGUGGAGGUGGAUGUGUUGACAGGGGCAGUGGAGGUGCAGCGUGCUGACACACACUAUGACUUUGCGUGCAGCCUCAACCCGGCUGUCGACAUCGGGCAGACACAUGCAUGUGCACGCCAUGUGCAUGCAAGUUUGCAUCCAUCCACACGCACCCCUCUAUCCUUUCAGCAACCGGUGGAGGGGGCGUUCGUGCAGGGGCAGGGCUUCUUCACCACGGAAGAGGUGCUGGUGGAAGAAGCUACCGGGAAGCUGCUCUCGGAUGGCACGUGGGCGUACAAGGUUCCAUCAUUCGACACCGUGCCCCGCCAUCUCCACGUCUCCCUCCUGCAUGGCACAGCCAACAAGCAAGGCGUGCUCUCCUCCAAAUGUGACCCCCACCUUCCUGUUGGAAACAAGUAA